AUGAAGAAGAUAUGCACUAAUCAGACCUCUCUCGCUCCUCUAGCCGAGACGAUCGGAUGGGCUGGUCGCACAUGGUCAUCCCGCUGCCCGUACAAUCAAAACGCCUUCUUGAUGCAAAUUACGACAUUGAUCAUCGGACCGACGUUCUUUACAGCCGCACUGUACAUCCUGCUGGGUAAACUCAUUGUCGUCAUGGGACGCAAAUCAAGCUUGCUAUCAGCACGGAUGUAUACUAUCGUUUUCUGCACCUGCGAUGUAAUCUCACUGGUAGUGCAGGCUGCGGGCGGUGCUUUAGCAUCCUUUGCUUCAGGGAGGCCUGAUGGCGACACUUGGCCGGGGACAUAUAUCAUGGUAGCUGGUGUUGGCUUCCAGCUCUUCACCAUGACCGUAUUCGCACUGCUGGCCGUCAAUUUUGUGACGCGCUCCAUCAAAUUAGGUAUCCCGCGGUCAUACUAUGCGAUCCUCGGUGCCAUGUUCAUCUCACUUCUUGCCAUAUACAUCCGUAGCAUCUACCGUACGCUCGAAUUGACCGGUGGCUGGAAUGGCACAUUGAUCAGAGACCAGCCACUAUUCAUUGGCUUGGAUGCAGUAUUGAUGGUGGUAGCGGCUGCUGUAUUUCUGGUAGUCGACCCAUUUGGGGUCCAUGUCAGAAAAGUGCCGGCAGCAGAGCUGGAAAAGGAUGCUAGUGACAGAGAAGGACGGCAGACACAAAAGGUCCUGGGCCGAUAG